AUGCCGUUUUUAGGGUUUUAGACUUCAACUAGGGUUUAGUUCUUUUUGGCUGCAGCCUUCAAAACUGAAUUUUUAGGGUUUUGGUUUGGCAGCGUCACAGAUUUAUGUUCUUUUCAUUCCUAUCAUUUCUUCCCGCCGACUGAUUGCGAGGCUCUGUUUUCUUCAUAGGAAUUUGAUCUCGGUUUCAUUACAUUAGUGAUUAGUCCUUUUUUUUGUGAUCGAAUUUAGAAAUUGGGAAUUCUCAAUUGAUGUUGGUCGUUUCUGCUCAAAUCUUCAGUUUAACGCCCUAAGACCUGCAAGUAUGAGUGUUCCUGCUACUCCUCGUCCGUUCUGUCCACCGCCAUUCGCUGUAAGUGGUGAACCUGUUGGAUUCUGGUCUCAAAUCCCGUUUGACAACGAGCAAGCCCAACCUGCUUCUGGUGUUGAUUGGCCACCAUUCAAGAAACCCAGAAACUCCGAAGAUAUCCCCUCGAAUUCUUUCUCAAACCCACCUGCAAAUCCAAGGAUGCAGCCUCCGCCAGCCUUAAACCCUCCUCUUACGAAAGGCACGAGCAGGAUGUUCUUCAAGACCCGUCCUUGCGCAAAAUUUAUUGCUGGGGCCUGUCCUUAUGGGGACAACUGCAAUUUCGCUCAUGGCCCUGAUGACAUGAGGAAGCCUCCACCCAACUGGCAGGAAAUCCUUGCUGCCAGAGCCCGUGAGGAAGAAAGAGCCGCUGGGCUUUGGGAUGAAGAUCAGAGAAUAAUUACUCGGCUCAAGCUCUGCAAGAAAUUCUGUAAUGGGGAGGAAUGCCCAUAUGGGGAUCGAUGUAAUUUUCUUCAUGAAGAUCCAUCUAAGUUCAGGGACGAUCCUGGGAGGUUUAGGGAAAGUUCUGCAAUCAGCAUUGGGAUUACAGAGACCUCUCCUGGGAGUAAUGGAAGUGGGUCUGAUCAUCAACAGGAAAGUAAUGGCGUUGUGAAUUCCGGUUCUGAUGCAAAUCGGAUCAAUCAGAAGCCUGCAUAUUGGAAGACAAGAAUCUGUAGCAAGUGGGAGACGACCGGGAACUGCCUAUUUGGUGAUAAAUGUCACUUUGCUCAUGGGCAAGCAGAACUGCAGAAGUAUGGAGGCCACACUGAAGCAGAAUCUGUGACUGUUUGCAUAGCUCCCAUAAAACCUCUUAUGAACUCUAGUAAUGAUGUAUUACCCAUUAAUACUGGAGUGGGAACUUGUAAGCAGCAAGUGCAUGGUAAGAAGUGUCUACUGAACUGGAGAGCUGAGAAGAUCAGUCGAAUUUAUGCUGAUUGGAUUGAUGAUGUGCCGCUUGUUCGUAAUUCGCCGAGCAAGGUGGAGAGCUGAUUCGAAAAUAGAAGUUUUGCUGGAACAUUGAAUUUGGUGUUUCUACUAUCUGAGAAGGAUGAAGCACAAUUUUUUCUUAGUUUGAUCAAUUAGUGGGUUGAUUGGAGUCUCAUUGAGAUUUUUUUUUCUUAUAUCAUAUGGGAAAUGUACAUUCUGAUCAUCAAUUUUGUAUUCUUUCUUCCCAUCUUUUUGGGGUGAGACAAUUUUGAGAUUUGAGUGUUUGGGAAUUAUGGAUUGUUGCUGCUUAAUAUCAUAUACCCAAGUAUUGAUUUAAA